AUGUCGGACCAAGAGGCUGCCAACGCGCUUAAGGCGCAGGGUAACAAGGCGUUUGCUCAGCAUGAGUGGCCUGUUGCUAUCGACUUUUAUACCCAGGCAAUCGAGAAAUAUGACAAGGAGCCUUCCUUUUUCUGCAACCGAGCUCAGGCUCAAAUCAAACUCGAGUCUUUUGGCUUUGCUGUCGCUGAUGCCACCGCGGCUUUGGAAUUGGACCCGAAUUACGUCAAGGCAUACUGGAGACGUGCCCUUGCCAACACUGCUAUCCUAAACUACAAGGCUGCCCUGAAGGAUUUCAAGGCCGUCGUGAAGCGCGAGCCGAACAACCGGGAUGCGAAAUUGAAGUUGGCAGAGUGUGAGAAGUUGGUACGCCGUUUAGAAUUCGAGAAAGCUAUUGAGGUUGCGGACCCGCCUUCCGCGUUCGAGGGCUUGGAUAUCGAGGCGAUUAAGGUCGAGGAUGGAUACGAUGGAGUACGCCUGGGCGAAGAGAUGACCCAGGAAUUUAUCGACGAUAUGAUUGAACGAUUUAAGAACGGCAAGAAUAUUCACCGCAAGUACGUCUUACAGAUUAUCAAGGCUACAAAGGAACUUGUCUACAACGAGCCAACUAUGGUUGAGAUCGGUGUGGAGGCUGGCAAGAAGUUGACUGUCUGCGGUGACACUCACGGCCAAUUCUUCGAUCUCCUGGAGAUCUUCCGUCGUAACGGCUCGCCCUCCGAUACCCACGCCUACCUCUUCAACGGUGACUUCGUCGACCGUGGAUCAUGGUCUUGCGAGAUUGCCUUGCUCCUGUAUGCAUACAAGUGGCUCCGUCCGAACGGCCUGUUCUUGAAUCGUGGAAACCACGAGACAGACGACAUGAACAAGGUCUACGGAUUCGAGGGCGAGUGCAAGGCAAAGUAUAACGAGCGAGUCUUCAAGGUCUUCUCUGAAUCAUUCUCGGCCCUUCCCCUGGCCACCCUGAUCGGCGGAAAGUACCUCGUCUUGCACGGUGGUCUCUUCUCCGAUGACAAGGUUACUCUCGACGACGUCCGUAAAUUGAACCGUCACAACCAACGGCAACCCGGUCAACAGGGCCUGAUGAUGGAGAUGCUCUGGACUGACCCGCAGACCCAGCCGGGUCGUGGACCUAGCAAGCGUGGUGUUGGUAUGCAGUUUGGUCCCGAUGUUACCAAGCGCUUCUGCGAGAACAACGGUCUCAAAGCCAUUAUUCGGUCACACGAGGUUCGCAUGGGCGGUUAUGAGGUUGAGCAUGAUGGUCGUUGUAUCACUGUCUUCUCUGCGCCCAGGUACUGUGACUCGACCGAGAACAAGGGAGCCUAUAUCAAUAUUGGACCUGAGCUUGAGCUCGCUUACGAGGUGUUUGAGGCUGUUCCUCAUCCCGACAUUAAGCCUAUGGCAUACGCACAGAACUCCAUUCUGUCACAAAUGAUGUGA